AUGCGUCGGUGGCUGUGCUGCACCUGUCAAGUGGAGGAGGCUUACCCAGCACAUGAGAAUGAGCUGCUAAGAAGCCCAAAACACCAUAAUGAUGGACAUCCAAAAGGUGCAAAUGCAUCAGCUCUCGUCAAACCGGAAGUACAAAAGGAAGCACCACCUAUUCAAGUGCCUGCUUUGUCAUUGGAUGAAAUGAAAGAAAAAACUGAUAAUUUUGGGUCAAAGGCUCUUAUUGGUGAAGGAUCCUAUGGCAGAGUGUAUUACGCAAACCUAGAUGACGGAAAAGCCGUGGCUGUGAAGAAACUUGAUGUAUCCAGUGAGCCCGAAACGAAUAACGAAUUCUUAACUCAGGUUUCCAUGGUAUCGAGAUUGAAGCAUGAGAAUUUUGUGGAAUUGCAAGGUUAUUGUGUAGCAGGAAAUCUCAGAGUGCUUGUUUAUGAAUUUGCAACAAUGGGAUCUCUUCAUGACAUAUUGCAUGGUCGAAAGGGAGUUCAAGGGGCACAACCUGGUCCAGUGCUGGACUGGAUGCAGCGAGUCAGAAUUGCAGUUGAUGCAGCAAGGGGUUUGGAAUACUUGCAUGAGAAGAUUCAGCCUUCCAUAAUACACCGAGAUAUCAGAUCCAGCAAUGUGCUUCUCUUUGAGGAUUUUAAAGCAAAGAUUGCAGAUUUUAACCUAUCAAAUCAGGCUCCGGACAUGGCUGCACGCCUUCAUUCCACUCGUGUUCUGGGAACUUUUGGUUAUCAUGCUCCAGAGUAUGCAAUGACGGGACAAUUGACACAGAAGAGUGAUGUCUACAGUUUUGGUGUGGUUCUCCUUGAACUUCUCACCGGAAGGAAACCGGUCGAUCAUACCAUGCCCCGUGGGCAGCAGAGUCUAGUCACCUGGGCUACUCCAAGGUUGAGUGAAGAUAAAGUUAAGCAGUGUGUGGAUCCAAAGCUGAAGGGAGAGUAUCCACCAAAGGGAGUAGCCAAGCUGGCAGCUGUUGCAGCAUUGUGCGUGCAGUAUGAAGCAGAGUUUCGGCCAAACAUGAGCAUCGUCGUGAAGGCUCUCCAGCCACUGCUGAAGUCUCAAGUGCCUCCUGCUGCUGCCCCCACUGCCGCCCCAGAGUCCUGA